GGUUUAUUAUUAGUAUCGUUCAUUUCUCCAAAACUUAAUCAUGGUCUCUCCUUCCGACCACCCCGAACCCUCACCGGAACUCACAUUACGCGAAAUCCCCGGAACCUAUGGCGUACCGUUCUUCGGCCCGAUCAAAGACCGCUACGACUACUUUUACAACCAAGGUAAAGAUGAGUUCUUCAAAACACGAAUCCAAAAAUACAACUCCACAGUUUUCCGCACAAACAUGCCACCAGGUCCAUUCAUCUCUUCCAAUCCACGAGUCGUCGCAGUACUCGACUCCAAAAGCUUCACCAUCUUAUUUGACAACUCGAAAGUCGAAAAGAAGAACAUCCUAGACGGUACUUACAUGCCAAAACUUAACUUCUUCGGCGGUUAUCGCGUGUGCGCGUUUUUAGAUACGGAUGAAUCGAAUCACCACGCGUUGAAGUCGUUUUUCUUAACGUUUAUUUCGAACUCGCAUAAGAAGUUUAUCCCGUACAUGCGGACGGGAUUAACGGAGUUAUUCGAGAAUCUCGAAAAUGAGAUCUCGGAUAACGGAUCUGCUGAUUUUAAUAAACAUAGUGACAACAUGGCGUUUGACUUUGUGUUCCGGUUGGUAACCGGAACACGUCCAGCGGAAACACAGCUUAAAUCUAAAGGCCCCGCGACCGUUAACACGUGGCUAGCUCUUCAGCUAGCCCCGUUAGGUACGUCAGGACUUAAAUUCAUUCCGAGUUUCGUCGAUGAUAUUAUUCAUACAGUUAGGUUACCAUUUUUCGUAAUCAAAUCUGGUUACAAAAAGCUUUACAAUGCGGUUUACAACUCCGCUUCGUCAUUACUUGACGAAGCGGAAAAGUCUGGCAUCGCGCGAGAAGAAGCAUGUCAUAACCUGGUGUUUCUCGCGGCUUUCAACGCCUUUGGAGGCAUGAAAGUAUUGUUUCCGUCACUGAUCAAAUGGAUCUCAACCGGCGGUGUAACUUUACACCGCCGCUUAGCAGAAGAGAUCAGAUCUGUUGUGAAAACAGAAGGUGAUGUCACCUUUUCUACCUUAGAAAAGAUGCCGUUAACUAAAUCCGCGGUAUACGAAGCACUGCGAAUAGAGCCACCUGUUCCAUUCCAGUACGCGACCGCUAGAGAAGAUAUCAUCAUCAACAGUCACGAUUCCGCGUUCAAGAUCAAAAAAGGAGAGACUAUUUUCGGUUACCAGCCGUUCGCUACAAAGGAUCCGAAGGUGUUUGAGAAUCCGGAUGAGUUUGUUGCGGAUAGGUUUGUUGGUGAAGGUGAGAAGCUGUUGAAGUAUGUGUACUGGUCGAAUGCUAGGGAGACUGACAAUCCGUCUGCGGAUAAUAAGCAGUGUCCUGCAAAGGAUCUGGUGGUGUUAUGUUGUAGGUUGAUGUUGGUGGAGCUUUUUCUACGGUAUGAUACAUUUACCGCAGAGACUGGGCAGGUUGCACUGGGUGCGUCUGUUAAGAUUACCUCGCUUACUAAGGCUACUUGAUUGUUUUGUUUUACACUAUUACUGUUUUAUUGACUGUUUGUUUGUUUGCUGUGUGAAAAAUAUUUGUAUAUUGUUUCUUGUGUUCAUAUUCAACUUAUUUUUUAGAUGUUAAUGGUAUAUAUGGUGUUAUCUAAA